GAGGGCACCGAGCCCCGGGGUCCCCGGCGGCGCCGCCAUCGCCCCCCGCCCCUCAGCGUUCUUUCCCCGAGCCGGGCUUCUGGGGGAAACCUAGGGACCCUGGCCCGGCCCAACCCGCCCACGUGAACGGCAGUUAGAGUUUGGCCCACACGCAGGAUCACGGACCCCCAGCCUCGGGGCCCGGGCGCUCCCAGCUUCCUCUGCCUCCCCCCGUCCCCAUCCCACGCCACGCCACGCCACGCCACGCUUCGGGCCGGCCUGGGUUUCCCGGGUGACUUCAGCACGCGAGGAUGGGGAGGGGGCGGGGCGGAGUAGGUCCUGCGGCCUCGGACCCCUCCUGGCGGACGGAGAGGGAAACAGGAAGGAGGACGGCGCUUGCGGGGGAGGGAAGACGCCAGAUAAGUGAAAUCUCCCGGCCGUAGGAAUCGGCCCCCCGUGGCGUGUGCUUCUCCUUCCCCUCCGCCGCUGCGGGGUUAGGGGGGCCAUGGCUCCGCGCGGCGGGGACGCCUGGGCCCGGGUGCUCGCGUCGUUGCGGGCCAGUCCGGCCGCCUUCGUGGCCAGGGCCGGGGCCGAGGCUCUGGCCGCCGAGCUGCUGAGCGAGCUGCGCAGCGAGAAACUGAGCGAGCCCACCAAGGUCUCUCUGCUGUCUGUGAUCAUGGAGUUCCCCACGCAGCUGUGGCCUGACCCCACCGUGGCCGAAGCAGCAGCCUCCACACUGCUGGACACACUGGCCCUCCUACCCCUGCGGCCUGCAGCCCUCCGCAGGCCCCUGCUGCUGGCCACCACUAGUGUCCUGGCCUCCUGUGGGGCCUUGAGUCCGGCCUCUGCUACCACAUCCCGCCUGCUGUCCAUGUUGUUGAGGGUGGCCACUGGUCGGGCCACAGGGCGGGAGCAGCGAGCCCUGCAGGGCACUGCCUGUGAGUGCCUUCGGGAGCUGGAGAGCUGUCACCCAGGGCUGCUGAUGGGCCAGCUGGGGCUGCUGCGGGCUCUGCAGGACACCCUGGGCACCCAAGCCCACUGCCUGCUCUUUGUGCUGGCUCUGCGCAAUGCCCUCAGGGUCCUGGCCCGGACAGGCUCUGGGGCCCCAAUGGGUCUACAAGGGCUGCUGACCACCAGAACCAGGCCCCAACAUGGAGAGACCCUGGCCUGGGACUGGAUCCUGGAGGCCCCGGGAGCCCAGUGGCCUGGGCCAUGGGACUGGACCCUGGCUGGGGAGGACAUCUGGGAUCGGGCAGCUCCUUCAGGCCAGGAAGGAGACUGGCCAGAGCCAGGUGUUGGCCCCCUGGAUCUCACCCCACCCGAGGCCCGGGAGCUGCGGGCCACUGUAUCCCAGCUGCUGGACUCCUCCUACCUGCUGACCCCACCAGCCCAGGCCCAGUUGCUGCAGCAGCUGAGCCAGGUGCUGAGAGCCGUUCGUGGGCAGCCCCCUGCCCUCCUGAAGCCGCAGCUGGUACGGCUGCUGGGCACGGCCAGGGUCUCCCUGCUGCAUGCGGUACUGGCCUCGAAGGAUGCCUUUGGAGAGGCCCUCUUCACAGCCCAGGAUGAAGCGCUGCUGCUUCGGAGGCUGGUGGGUGCUGCACAGCACCCAGCCCUGCCACCCCCUGCCCGCCUCUUCUAUCUGCACUGCCUUCUACACUUCCCUGAGAACUGGCCCUUGGGGCCUGCUGGGGAGGAGGGCACCCCAGUUCUGCUCACCCCGAGCCUGGCCACAGGUCUUCUGCCCAGUCUGCUUCAGGACCCCCCUGAACUACUAGCUCGGCUGCAUCUUCUGUGUCUCCUGUGUGGGGAGGAGCUGGGUGCUGACGGAAACAGGGAUUGCCAAGACAUGGAGGACCAGGCCCUGGGUUACCUCCAGGGGCUCCUGGCCGGCCUCAGGCAGGGGGCAGCACAGCCAGGGGGCCCCCGGAGUUCAGCCACUCUCUGCUUCCGGGCCUCCUACCUGGCUACUUGCUGCUUGGCCAGCCACCCAGGGGCCCUGGCUCAGCUCACAAAGGGCCUUGCAGAGCUCUACCAAGCCCGGCCCUGCCUGGCCCCACACUUUGUUGACCUUCUAGAGCAGGCCGGAGAGGUGCUGUCAGAGCCUCUGGGGAAAGCCCUGCAACAGGUAGCUGUGGCAGGGGCAGGUGGGGCCCAAGCCCUCCAGUGGCACUUGCAGAUCCUCACCAAGGUGGCAGGGGGCCAACCCUUGGGCCCCACGCUGGGCUUCCUGUGGGCAGCCCUAGGACAGGGUGGGGACUGGGCCUGGGAGCAGGCCCUUCUUGGGGCCUGCCGGGCCCUCCUAAGGGGGACAGGCCACAGCAGGGCUGGCCCCCAGGACCUGGCCAAUCUGCUGCAGGAGCUGGCUCAGGGCCUGGAUGACCCCGACAGCCGAGAUCGGGGCCGCCUUUACUACAGCCUGUUUACCCACUUGUCGAGGCCCAAGCUGGGCUCAGCCCUGGGUCCCACACGCUCCACGCCCAUGCUGUGUUCUUCACUGGUGGAGGAGAAUGAGGGCUUUGCCUCCUCUCUGACUGUCCAGGAGGCCCAGGCCCCACUACAGCUGAGGCGGGUUCCCCAGCAGGCCAAGGGGCCCCCCGUGGUCCUGGGCCUCACAGUGGAAGCCUCUGAGAUCCUCUACUCACUGGAGCUACGCUUCCGUGUUCUGGGGCCACAUUAUGAGCCACUGGAGGCCAUGCAGGUCCCCUGCCUUCACCCUGGCACUUCCCCCAAGCUGCUCCUCCUUCCCCUGGAGCCCCGGCGUCCCUACCCAGCUCUCCUGGACAUCAGCAUCCUCUAUGCUACCCCCAGUGGCCUCACCUGCUACUCACAGCUGCCCAGCCUUCCCAUAGCCUUUGCUGACCUCUUUCUGCCUUUGCAGCCAUCUUCUCCCGAUAGGACCCACCCUCAUACCUUCCAUGAGCUCUGGGCCUCCUGCCUUCCUGGGGGAGCGGAGAGUUGCAUGUGGGGUCCUUGGCGAGGCCAGGCGCUAGAGACUCUGGUGACCAAGCACUGGGAGCCUUUUGUCAUGUCUGCCACACCCCCCAUCAGUUACCAGAUAGCCAUCCGUCUGCCCCCCAGCUCUCAGCUGUUACUGCAGCUGGAGGCUGCUGGGGAGGAUGGGGUGAGGGUGGCUCUGAGGACUGAUGACUGGGCCAUAUUGCCUCUGGCUGGGGAAUAUCUCCGAGGCUUGGGGGCUGCUGCCUGAGCAGGGAGGGUGACCCUUGCUAGGAGACACUUGUUUGGGCAGAGCAGGGACAGGGGAAGAUUAGGGCCCCUGCUGCUCAUUUCCCUUGUCUAUAAAGGCUUGUUUAUUGGUGAAAA